GUGACCGAGCGACCCGCCAUAAAACGGGCGCUGGCCCGCUGUGAAGGGUUCAUCGAGAGAACGGACGCGGCCGAGGAAGACGCGAGCUGCUUUCGGUUUAGUUUUCCCCGUACACGGGCGACCGUCGGCAUCGUUAGUUCCUGUUUCUGGUGACUCUGGUGUUUGUUGGACCGUUUGCGGUUUGCCCGCUGCUUCAUUCGCUGGAUCGACGUUGCUCGGCAUCCUUGUCGGCGGGACACGUUUGUGCGCGUUGCACUUUGGACAUCCCCGCGGAUCAUCCCACGCCACGUGCUUCUGCGACGACGAUCAAGCCGGAACGUCUGUCAUCCAUGCCUCUGGCAACAGCCGUGGCAAUGACCCGCAAGAGCAGCGGACUGUCUCCGAUCCGCGUCAUGGUCAUGGGAAGCCGCAGCGUGGGGAAAUCAGCCGUCACAGUGCGAUUCCUCACGCGGCGGUUCAUCAGCGAGUACAGCUCGAUGAAGGACCUGCUCUAUAGGCAUACGGUUCUCGUGGACAACCGGACGUGUGAAUUGGAGAUCCUGGAUACAUCGAGAUAUCAGGAGAACAAAUUUCCCGAGGACAAGAUGGGCUGGGCCGACGCCCUGGUCGUUGUCUACAGCAUCGAGGACCGGUGGAGCUUCGAAGAGGCCACCCUGUGCCUUCAGAAGGUCCAGCAGCUCUGUCCGUGCCUGCCAACCAUCCUCGUGGCCAACAAGCGAGACCUGUCGCACGUCCGCCAGGUCGACGUGGACGACGGCCGGCAGCUGUCCCUGCAGCUCCACUGCCAGUUCUACGAGGUGUCGGCGGCGGACAGCUACGCCGGCGUUAGCAUGGCCUUCCAGAGCAUCCUGCGCGAGGUCCUGGCCACCAAGAUCCUCCGAUCGCUGACCCCCGUGCGCCGGCGACUCACCGUCGUCACGGUCUCCAAGAUGCUGGGCGCCGUGUUCGGCAAGAACGGCAAGCGCCAUAAGAAGAGGCCGUCCCUGUCCUUGUAAGGACAAGCAGUGCGAGAGACUACGGACUCGUUUAGUGUACAGAACAAUGCGGACGCAUCGAAGGAUGUGAAAAGGACGCUGCCAAGGAGUGCUUUGUGAUCGGACACUUUCUUUUUUUUGGUUGUUGUAGUGUCCUUUUUCUGCCAUGGUAAUGGGAACAGUCGAAUUUGAUUAGCGCAGCCUGAGCGCGCGCCGCCGUCGGGUCGCGCUUUUCUCAAGAAUGUGCAGCUUGUGUCGAAAGUACCUGGUCCAUAACAAGCUUUAUUGAAUAGAUGUAGGCAGAACACGCAGGCGCUGUCUUCAAGAGCCAUGUAUUCCUAUACAGAGCGUAGGGGUCUGCCUUCUUCAACCUUCAUAUCAGAUGGAGCGUCAAAAGCGCGACGGGGUGUGAGAUAACGCACACGUAUGUGAGACUUCGCUUGAGCUGGCGGAUGGUUUAGCUGCUGAGAUAUAGCUGCAAUAUUUGGUCACACAUUAUAAGUCAACAAUCUGGUUUUUCGUGAAGAUUACAGCUUCCAUACUUAAUUUUCGCCAUACUUAAAUUCCCUUCGAAACAAAGUGUGCGAAGUGCAUUCCUGUCUUCUCUUGCACUUUGAAUUUCACGCCUGCCUUAUUUUUUUUUCUGGAGGAUGAAGCAAUCGGUAGUAAUAACAGUUUGUUCUUGUCUCUUCAUGUGUAAAUACGUUGAUUGUGAAUAAUGUUCGUAAGCGUACAAUUCUUGUGAUGGUAAGAGACACGAGCGAACUUAAAGUGGCUGACUUAUUGACACCACAAUGUACUAUAUCGCUCGUCGCAAAGGAUAUUCAUGGACAAUAGGUUCUCCGCAUAAAAACGCAUGUAAGUUUUUUUUCCUGGCUUUGCACGGCAAAAAAUUUCUAGUCGCUCUAAGUUGUCGAUCUUGAACAGAAACUACCAAUUCUUGUAGAAAAUGCUGGGAGCCGUUUGCACAGCAAUAUGCUCAACGGUAACCGCGGCAUAGGUAUAAUCGAUAACGACUCAGCGUGCCAAGAAUAGCAGUGCUCAAUUUGUCACUGCCAGACUGUGAUAUACGUCAAGUUUGAAAUAACGUUUUGUUGUCUCGUGUAUUUCUUUGCGUGUGAAAGUGUGUUAAAGUCUGUGUGUACUGCGCUAUAAUGCUGCCUUGAAGACUAUAGUGUGCAUAAUGGCCUGCCAUUAUUUGCAAGUCGCAGCGAAAUGUGAGAAGGGAACAAUGCUAAAAGACCUCUCAUUUUGCACACGUUGUUCAUUUCAUUAUGUCUGACUGUUAUAGGCACAUAAAUUAUGAAUCUCAUGUCAUGUAUAUUAUUUAUGAACUGGAUAUGCCAUCGGCAUGUUCUUCGUGAACAGACGUCGCAUUGUCACUGAUAUUCACGUGUGUGUGCCGAGCUCAUUUCGAUGCUCAAAGUUCCUGUCGUCGUUGUCGCCUUGAUAUACUUACUCGUGACGCCGAAAAUAAAACGUCAAUGUAAUU